AUGGAUAGCAGAGGUAAUGACAUCACUUACAACGCCGGCGAACUAGCCGGUCAAGCUCAGGCGAAGAAGGAUGAUGUUAUGAACCAGUGCCAGGAAGGGCUUAACCAAUCCACUCAAGACAGUUCCUAUACUGCCCAAGCUUCCAGCUUUCUUCAUCAGACCGGGGAGCAAGUGAAGAACAUGGCUCAGGGAGCAGCUGAAGCAGUGAAGAACACUCUGGGGAUGAACACAGAGAACACCCCCACCACCAAUACCAGCAGCCUCAACCACCCAAUCAACCCAAGCAAUCCAAGCAACCCAUCUACUAGGAUUUGA